AAGUUCUUGAAGCCUUACUUAACGAAAUAGAUAGUGGUGCUGAAUAUAAAGAUAAAUUAGACAAAAUGAAUACUUCUGUAAAAAAAAUGUUAAAAUUAUACGAAUGGAAAGGUGAUGAUGGCAAGGAUGAAGUCGAAAAUAUAAAUAAUCUAGAAAAGUGCAUAGAAAAUAAUAUUAAUCUCUAUUCUGGAACAUGA